AUGUCUGCAGAUCGGGAGGUUUUUUAUCAAGAAAAGUAUAAGCAACUUAUUGAAAAAUACGAAAAAAUACCAAAUCAGUCAAUUUCCGUUCAACAUAACUUAGCAAUUCUCCAUUAUUUAGUCGAUGGCACAAAUCCUUUCCCAACUUUCAUGGAUAUAACAAAGAAAAUACAAGUGGAAUGUGAUUCUAACAAUUUAUGGUUAAUUCAUCCUUCUUGGGCUCUUGUAAAUUAUCAUAUCGCCUUAUUUUACUAUCAGCGCUGCCAAUAUGAGAACUGCAGUUAUAUUUUAAGUUCAAUUUGGCUUCAUGCUGACUUUGUCGAUGACUUAACUAUGCUUUUUGUUUCGUUAUUAUCAAUAGACUUAGUUAGAACGGUAAACGAUUGGAAAUUCUUUGACAAAGCACGCGCAUUUCUUGCUGAGAAGGUAAUUAAAGGCGAACCCGUCCCCGCAUUGAAGCAAUUACUUGUAAAACACUUUGGAGAUACUCCACGUUGCCAUAUUGUUGAAGAUCAGAUUAAAAAUGUAUCCAUGCAAGUUAAAAUUGCCAAAUACAUUACAUCAUCCGAUGAACAAUCGAAAAAUGACGUACAAAAAUUAUUAUUGCAGUAUACGAACCAGAAAAGCUUAUCUAUUCAUCAGGCUUUUCCAUUACUAUCAGCAGCAGUUUAUGUGAAUAAUAAUGCUGCUUACGGCAAAGUUCUUGAUUUAAUUCAAAAUCAAUUUCAAACAGACACUUCUAUCAUUAAUAAUCGCGGUGUAUAUGAUAUUCUCAAAGAGAAGUAUUCAUCAGCGUUAUUAUAUUUCUCGAAUGCCUUGAAUACUCGUAGUAAUGACGAAGUUACAAAUCCAUAUCAUCAAGUUUUGUAUAAUAUUGGCCUUUCUCUUCUUUUUAAGCAAAAGCCACGCAAAGCUUUCGAAGUUUUCCACUCAUUGAUCCCUGUAAUCCCUAAAUUCCCGUACUUAUGGCUAAGAUUAGCUGAAUGCUGCGUAAUGUACUACAAGAAACACGUUUCGAAGCUCAGAGCGAAGACACAAAUAUCCCCAGUUAUCGCUCGUCGCUUUUCUACCCCUACAAGGUCAUUUACGAUUCUUCCAGCGUCAAAUGCGAAAAUUUACAACCGUUUUCGGGACACAAAGAACGGCAUUUUCGAGGAUUUGAACCUAGAAUUCGCCCAGCGUUGCGCCCUGAACGCAGUUCAUCUCAGUGACAAAAAAAGCCAAUUAUUAAUUUCGGCUUUACUCAUUUGCACGUUUGUUUCGCUUGAGAUGUCUGAAUGGGAGCAAGCAGCGAACUACGUUAAGGAAAUUAUCUCAAAUACUGACGCUGAUUCCGCAAUUAAGUUCACCGCGAGAGUUUACGGUGCACAGGCAUUAUGCAUGCUUCAUGAUAAAGAAAAAGCCAUUGAAUACUUAAGGACACAGAUUUUGGAGGUUGCAAUUGGUCAAUCUAAGAAAUCUAUUAUGUUUUACCUUACGUAUGCUCAGCUUUAUAUUCUUAAUCAGGAUUAUGAAUCAGCACGCGCUUAUCUUUCGAAAGUGACUGAACAGGGUCAAAAUGUUCCGGAAUAUGUUAUCACGAGUGUUCAGUAUUCGCUAAAGAAAGGAGAUACCAACGAUGGACUCAGAGUUCUUAGCGAAUUCACUCAGAAAGAAGAUGACUAA